AUGGACUCAGCCAAGGCCGCCGUUAAGGAAUUCAUGUCCAAGUCUGGACACCACGACACCACUGUCCACGAGAAGGUCGCUCCCGCUGUCACCCACGAGAGCCACCAGCUCCAGCAGCACGAACAGAUCCAGACUGCCAUCGACAAGGAGGUUCACCAGGACCACUACCACACCUCGAUCCAGCCCAUCAAGGACCGUGAGGUUCUCCCCGAGCAGCACCACCACAACCUUGCCGCCGUCGAGCACCGCUCGUUCGAGCACGGCAACGACGCCCAGGUCAAGGAGCGCCUCGCCGCUGAGGCCGCUCAGUUCAGAGACCAGCGCAUCGAGGUUGAGGCUGUCCACUCCAAGUCCAUUGCCCCCACCAUCGGCGGUGAACACAUCCACCACCACGUCCACGAGACCAUCCAGCCCGUCGUCAACAAGGAGACCAUCGAGCCCCACGUUGUCCACACCACCGUCCCCAUCCACGAGGUCCACCACAACGCUGCCCAGCAUCACAGCGCCUCUGCUCUUCCUGCCGUCUCCAUGGCCGACUUUAAGAAGCAGGGUGGUGUCCUGACUGGCCGCGAGGAGCGCUACGACGGCUUUGAGGGUGAGCCCCGCACUGUCGGUGGUUCCCACACCUCUACCUCCUCCACUGGCCUGACUGGCUCUGGUAUCACCGGCUCCCACUCUCACACCGGCACCGGUCUCACUGGCUCCCACACCAACACCACCGGCCGCGAGACCCUUGGUGAGCGUCCCUCGCUUAUGCAGAAGCUCAACCCCAAGGUUGAUGCCGAUGGUGACGGCAAGGCUGGCUUCAUGAAGUAA